AUGAAUCCAUCAUUAUUGCUGUGCUGUUUGGUGCUCUGCUUAGCCUGCUGUGUAUCAGUACACACACACAUGCUUAUGGAGGACAAACAAAACUCCAAUCAAACAACCAUCAGGGAAUAUCUAAAAAACCAAACAGAUACACCACCUGUGCUUAUUGUGGGGCUGUCAAAAACACCCAAGAAGAAUAAGAAAUCAGAAAAUAAAGCAAAUAAGAACAAAUACAUCAGCCACGUAAAGAAGCCUCCGCCCCCGCCGAACUGCGUCCCGCUGUGGGGAAGCUGCAGAGGUCCGAGCGCGGUGUGCUGCGAGCCGUGCGCCUUCUGCUACUGCCGCCUCUUCAAGACCGUCUGCUACUGCCGUAUGGGAUACCCCAAAUGCUGAGAACUGCCCUCAUGGGAUAACAUACGAUUCCCUUCCAUAGCAAAUAGAAAAACUGUGGAUUAUGACAAAGGAUUAUCCGUGCACGAUUUAUUUAUCCUCUCUGAGAAUUUAAUAGGUUUAAAACUGUCGGUGAUGUGGACCUGUCGAAUGGAAACCGGCAAAACACCAUUAAAUCCUGAAAUAAGGCCACAAACACAUGCGACAUAUAAAGGGUGCUGAUGCUUCAUAAUGUUUUAAAAAAUGUCUAGUUUUCUUCAUCUUAAAAUCUCGUCGCAGGAUAUUCUAAAGCGUUGAGAAAUUGACUUAUAAAAGUGCACAAAACCAGCUUUACGAUAUUUAAACGUCUUUAAAACAUAUCAAUGACAGCUUUGUACAUAAUGGUAGCAUUUAAGAGUGAAUGUUAAUGUUUGUAUGAGCACUUUUUUGAGUUGAAAGCACUUUAUAAAGUUAUGUAAACGUGCCCGUUCGACCUUUGUAUUUAUGCUGCUAUAUGAGACAAGGGAACCAUGGCAACCAUAGUUUGACAGUCACAGAGAUGUGGUUAUGAAGAAUUAUUAUUGCAACAAAACCACGAAAUUUAAUAUGAAACAUAAAAAAUAACGUGUGAGAUGCUAACUAAUUUAAACAAUAUUACAAUUCGGUUUAACUUUCAAGAAUACGUCAUUGCGGCAUAAGGAGGCUGAUAGCUAGUGUGAAUUUAAAUAAACAUUAUAAGUUUAACCUGAUUUUUUGUGAAUA